UAGAGAAGGAGCGCCGCCAGCCUUCAGGCUCCGAACAAACGGACAAGGUGACAGAAAGCCAACCGGGAGCGGGAUGGAGGCCGCCUAAAGUGGACCGCGGACAUGUGACGACCAACACCGACUGGAUAUUUGGGUUUUGGUAACCCCGCGCCUGUCUUUUGUGUGGACUCAUUUCUCGGUGGGGUUGUGUCGAACCGGAAUCCAGCAUGAACCCGGGAGAAGCGGCCGAGGAGGCGCUCAGCGACACCGACACUGAUGCCUUCUUCAAAACAGUGUCACAGAGGACUGAAGGCAUCAAGGCAUCUGAUGUUCUGCCCGUCUUGAAGGAGAAAGUGGCUUUUGUGUCUGGUGGACGGGACAAACGAGGAGGACCCAUCUUGACUUUCCCUGCACGCAGUAACCAUGACCGAAUAAAACAGGAGGACUUGAGAAGGCUGGUUACAUACCUGUCUACUGUUCCUAGUGAGGAUGUGUGCAAGAGAGGUUUCACUGUCAUCAUCGACAUGCGAGGCUCCAAGUGGGAGCUGAUCAAGCCUCUGUUGAAGACGCUGCAGGAGUUUUUCCCAGUCGAGAUCUGCGUGGCACUCAUCAUCAAACCUGACAACUUCUGGCAGAAGCAGAAGACCAACUUUGGCAGCGCAAAGUUCUCCUUUGAAACCAGCAUGGUGUCAGUGGAAGGUCUAGCCAAGUUGGUGGAUCCCUCGCAGCUGACAGACGACUUUGAAGGCUCCUUGGACUACAACCACGAGGAAUGGAUUGACCUGAGAGUCUCCUUGGAGGAGUUUAUGUCCAAUGCGGUUCAUCUGCUGACCCGACUGGAGGACUUGCAGGAGGUUUUGUCCAAGAAAGAAUUUCCUACAGAUGUUGAAGGAUCUCGUCGGCUAAUUGAGGAGCAUACACAGCUGAAAAAGAAGGUGCAGAAGGCUCCAGUGGAAGAGCUGGACCAGGAAGGCCAGCGCUUGCUGCAGUGUAUCCGAUGUAGUGACGGUUACUCAGGAAGAAGCUGCACCUCUGGCUCUGCUGACUUCCAGAGCCUUGUGCCCAAGGUGGCCAGUCUGCUAGACAAGCUCCACUCCACCAGGCAACAUCUCCACCAGAUGUGGCAUGUCCGGAAGCUUAAACUGGACCAGUGCUUCCAGCUACGACUCUUUGAGCAGGAUGCAGAGAAAAUGUUUGACUGGAUCAGCCACAACAAGGAGUUGUUUCUGCAGAGUCACACUGAGAUCGGUCGAGCAUACCAACAUGCUGCUGAGCUACAGACGCAACACAACCACUUUGCCAUGAACUCUAUGAAUGCUUACGUCAACAUCAACAGGAUCAUGGCUGUAGCGAGUCGGCUGGCAGAGGCGGGACACUACGCGUCCUCACAGAUUAAACAGAUCUCAAGUCAGCUGGAUUUGGACUGGAAAAGCUUCGCUGCUGCUCUCGAUGAACGCUCAACCAUCCUCGCCAUGUCUGCUGUUUUCCACCAGAAAGCGGAACAGUUCUUGUUGGAAGUGGAGGCGUGGUGCAAGGUCUGCAGUGAAGGGGGGCUCCCAACCGAGAUGCAAGAGUUGGAGCUGGCCAUCCACCGUCACCAGAGCCUCUACGAGCAGGUCACACAGGCCUACACGGAGGUGAGUCAGGAUGGAAAAGCUUUGCUGGAUGUCCUGCAAAGACCUCUCAGUCCCGGCAACUCAGAGUCACUAACGGCCACUGCCAACUACUCCAAAGCGGUUCAUUGCAUACUUGAUGUGGUCCAUGAAGUGCUCCACCACCAGCGUCGUCUGGAGAACAUUUGGCAGCACCGAAAGGUCCGACUGCACCAAAGACUGCAGCUGUGUGUGUUCCAGCAGGAUGUCCAGCAGGUGAUGGACUGGAUCGAAAACCAUGGUGAAGCUUUCCUGAGCAAGCACACUGGAGUGGGAAAGUCUCUUCAUCGAGCUCGAGCCCUGCAGAAACGCCAUGACGACUUUGAAGAGGUCGCACAGAACACAUACACUAAUGCAGACAAGUUGCUGGAAGCGGCUGAGCAACUGGCCCAGACGGGUGAGUGCGAUCCGGAGGAGAUCUACAAGGCGGCGCGUCACCUGGAGGUUCGAAUACAAGACUUUGUACGCCGCGUUGAGCACAGGAAGCUGCUGCUUGACAUGUCUGUGUCCUUCCACAUGCACACCAAAGAGCUGUGGUCGUGGAUGGAGGAGCUCCAGAAACAGCUGUUGGAUGAUGUGAGCUGCGACUCUGUAGAUUCUGUGCAGACACUAAUCCAGCAGUUCCAGCAGCAGCAGACAGCCACAUUGGACGCCACGCUCAAUGUCAUCAAGGAGGGUGAGGAGCUUAUGCAGCAGCUCAGAGAUGCAGCCAUGUCCACUAACAAGACGCCACAUUGCAGUUCCAUCGCUCACAUACAGGGGGUGCUGCAGCAGUUGGAUGAGGCUCAGGGCCAGAUGGAAGAACUGUUCCAUGAGCGAAAAAUCAAACUCGACAUCUUCCUCCAGCUACGCGUCUUCGAGCAAUACACCAUAGAGGUGACGGCUGAGUUAGACGCUUGGAACGAGGACCUGUCUCAUCAGCUGAACGAGGUCGGUCGCUCAAGCAGCAGCAGCACCAGCAGUGGCGGAAGCGGAGGGAGCAGCAGCUCCUUCUCUGGCAGCAUGGAGGACAUUGGCCUGGCUGAACAAAGGCUGAAGAGGCAUGCGGAGAGAAAAGCGGCCAUGAACAACAUGACCUAUGAAGUGAUGCAGCAGGGCCAGGACUUGCACCAGUACAUCAUGGAGGUGCAGGCCUCAGGCAUCGAGCUGACGGGGGAGAAGGACAUGGACUUGGCCUCUCAGGUCCAGGAACUGCUGGAGUUCCUGCACGAGAAGCAGCAGGAAGUGGAGCUCAGCGCCCAGCACACACAUGCUAGACUUGAGCAAAGCCUGCAACUGCGUCACUUGCAGGCUGAGGUCAAACAGGUGCUCGGAUGGAUCCGUAAUGGCGAGUCCAUGUUGAACGCCAGCAUGGUGAAUGCCAGCUCUUUGUCUGAGGCAGAACAGCUGCAGAGGGAGCAUGAACAGUUCCAGAUGGCGAUUGAGUCUCUCUUCCAUGCUAAUUCCCUCCAGAAGACCCAUCAGAGUGCUCUGCAAGUCCAGCAAAAAGCAGAGAUAAUGCUUCAGGCCGGCCACUAUGACCCAGAGGGCAUUCGCAGCUGCGCUGAGGAGGUGGCAGUCCACUGGCAGCAACUUAUGCUGAAGAUGGAGGACCGCCUUAAGCUCGUCAACGCCUCGGUGGCCUUCUACAAGACGUCCGAACAGGUUUGCAGCGUUUUGGAAAGCCUGGAGCAGGAAUACCGAAGGGACGAGGACUGGUGUGGAACUCAUGAAAAAGUGGGAACGGCGACUGAUUGUGACCACCUCGUGCCUCUAAUCAGCAAACACCUGGAACAGAAAGAAGCCUUCCUCAAAGCGUGCACACUGGCCCGGAGGAAUGCCGAGGUGUUCCUCAAGUACAUCCACAGGAACAACGUGAGCAUCCCAGGUGCUGCCAGUCAUGCCAGAGGACCGGAGCAGCAGGUCAAAGCUAUCCUGAAUGAGUUACUGCAGAGGGAGAACAGAGUCCUGCACUUCUGGACUCUGAAGAAGAGAAGACUGGACCAGUGUCAGCAGUACCUUGUCUUUGAACGCAGCGCCAAACAGGCUCUAGAAUGGAUCCAGGAGACGGGUGAGGUUUACCUGGCCACACACAUGUCAUCUGGUGACAGCAGCAAGGAAACGCAACAGCUCCUCAAUGACCAUCAUCACUUCAGACUCACUGCCAAGCAAACAAAAGAGAAGGUGAAGCUCCUCAUCCAGUUGGCCGACAACCUGGUAGAGAAAGGCCAUGUCCAUGUUUUGGAACUGAAGCGCUGGGUGAGCACUGUAGACCGCCGCUAUCGGGACUUCUCCUUGCGAAUGGCCAAGUACCAGGAGAGCCUGGAGAGGAGCCUGGGCGUCUCCUCCGAGGACAACAAGGACUUAGAGUUGGAUAUUAUUCCUGCUAGCUUGUCAGAUGACCCCGAGAUCAAACUGCGGGAGCCCAAUGAUGAGGUCAAUGAGGAGAAGAGGAAGUCAGCAAGGAAAAAAGAGUUCAUCAUGGCUGAGCUGCUGCAAACAGAAAAGUCCUACGUCAGAGAUCUCCAGGAAUGUCUGGAAACAUAUUUGUGCGAGAUGACGAGGGCCGGGGAUGAGACCCCACCUGCCAUUGCUAACAAGGAGCACAUCAUUUUCGGCAACAUGCAGGAGAUCUACGACUUCCACAACAAUAUUUUUCUGAAGGAGCUUGUCAACUAUGAGCAGCUGCCAGAAGAUGUGGGCCACUGCUUCGUCACCUGGGCUGAUAAAUUCCACAUUUAUGUGGAUUACUGCAAGAACAAACCAGACUCCAGUCAACUCAUCCUAGAGCAUGCCGGUACCUUUUUCGAUGACAUCCAGCAGCGACGCGGCCUGGCCAACUCCAUCUCAUCUUACCUCAUCAAACCGGUGCAAAGAAUCACCAAGUACCAGCUGCUCCUCAAGGAGUUGCUCUCAUGUUGUGAGGAGGGCAAAGGAGAGAUUAAAGAUGGUCUGGAGGUUAUGCUCAGUGUCCCCAAGAGAGCCAACGACGCCAUGCACCUCGCCAUGUUGGAAGGUUUUGAGGAAAACUUGGAGGUGCAAGGUGAGCUGAUCCUGCAAGACAGUUUCCAGGUUUGGGAUCCACGCUCACUGAUCCGAAAGGGACGUGACAGACAUCUCUUCCUGUUUGAGUUCUCUCUGGUCCUUAGCAAGGAGUUUAAAGACUCAGCAGGCAGGACCAAGUACCAGUACAAACACAGACUACUGACAUCAGAGUUGGGAGUGACGGAGCACAUUGAAGGCGACCCUUGUAAAUUUGCACUCUGGGCCGGGCGAACCCCCUCCUCGGACAAUAAAACCGUACUGAAGGAAAGUAGACGACGCAUACGCAGCAUGUAUGGUAAACAAUGUCGGGUAAAUUUCAUGGUUCUCAUGCAGGCUUCCAGUGUAGAAGCCAAACAGGAGUGGAUAAAGAACAUCCGGGAGGUGAUUCAGGAGAGAAUGACUCAUCUGAAAGGGGCCCUGAAGGAGCCUGUUCAGCUGCCCAAAACGGCAACACUCACCAAAUCCCGCAAUAAUGCCAAAAGGGGUGGAGGUGAGGACGGUGAUAGUCAGGGAGAUGGCAGCAGCCAACCGGACACCAUCUCCAUUGCAUCCAGAACUUCGCAGAACACAAUAGACAGUGACAAGCUCUCUGGUGGUUGCGAGCUGACAGUUGUCCUGCAGGACUUCACGGCAGGAUGUAGCAGUGAGAUAUCCGUCGGGACUGGACAGACGGUAGAGCUGCUGGAGAGGCCCAGCGAGCGACCCGGCUGGUGUCUGGUCCGGACCACCGACCACAGCCCGCCACAGGAGGGUCUUGUCCCCAGUUCUGCAUUGUGUGUGUCCCACUCGCGCUCCAGUGUGGAAAUGGACUGCUUCUUCAACUCAGGGAAAGAAAAUUAUCCUGUCAGCAGCUCCGAUGGGAAGACAGAGUCGGUGGCGAACCUCCAGCCGCAGCCGUCCCUCAGCUCACUGCACUCCAACUCGCCAGGACCCAAACGCUCUGGAAACACGCUCCGGAAAUGGCUGACCAAUCCUGUCAGACGCCUCAGUCAUGGCAGCUCGGUUAAGAAACCCCCCAAUAACAAACAGAAGAAGACUGGUCCCGUGGGAGGAAGAGAUGAAAGCCGGAAGGGACAGCCUGACCUUAACCCGCAGGAUGACAUCAUCGAUGAGCACAUCCUUGGCAAGGAUAGUAACCUGCUCUCCAAGACGCCAUCAGGCAUGCAGAGCGGCGGCGAGGAAGAGCAGGAUGAAGAGGCACACACACCUCUGCCUCCACCCAUGGAGAUCAUCAAGGACCCAUCGGCGCAGGAUGAGAAGACCUUAGAACCAGGAGCCCACUCGGUCUUUUCCUCACUCUCUCCUCCGGAACAAAGCACUCCAGUCCCACCCCGGGACCCCGAGCUGGAACAGAGAGCCAAAGCCAUGAGGGGGCGCAUGUUUGUUCUUAACGAGUUGAUACAGACAGAGAAGGACUAUGUCAAAGACUUGGGCAUCGUGGUUGAGGGUUUCAUGAAGAGGAUCGAGGAUAAAGGUGUUCUGGAUGACAUGAAAGGAAAAGAGAAGAUCGUCUUUGGGAACAUCCAUCAAAUCUUUGACUGGCACCGAGACUUCUUUGUGGGAGAGCUUGAAAAAUGUCUGGAUGACCACGAGCACCUUGCUGAACUCUUCAUCAAACAUGAGAGAAGACUCCACAUGUACGUGGUCUACUGUCAGAACAAACCCAAGUCUGAGUUCAUUGUGGCAGAAUACGACAAUUAUUUUGAUGGGGUCCAGCAGGACAUUCAGUCCCGGUUGACCAUUAGCGACUUCCUUAUCAAACCAAUCCAAAGAAUCACUAAAUACCAGCUGUUACUGAAGGAUUUCCUUAAGUACAGUUCUAAGGCGGGAAUGGACUGUGAACAAAUAGAGCAAGCAGUGGAUCUUAUGUCUCAGGUUCCCAAACUAUGCAACGACAUGAUGAACUUAGGUCGCCUGCAAGGAUACGAGGGCAAGCUAACCAGUCAAGGCAAGCUGCUGCAGCAGGAGACUUUCUUUGUGACCGAGCAAGAUGCCGGCGUCUUGUCGCGCUCCAAAGAACGGCGGGUGUUCCUGUUUGAGCAAAUUGUCAUCUUUAGUGAGCUGCUCAGGAAAGGCUCAUCCACGCCCGGAUACCAGUUCAAAAAGAGCAUCAAGGUGUCAUAUUUGGGUCUGGAGGAGAGCGUGGACAACGACCUGUGUAAGUUCGUCUUGUCGUGUCGGGGCUCGUCGGAGCGUUUCACCCUUCAGGCGGCCAAUGUUGACAUCAAGCAGGUCUGGAUCGGACAAAUCCAGGCGCUACUUGAUGCUCAAAGCAAUUUCUUGUCUGCACUCGUGUCUCCCAUCGAGUACCAACAGAAGCGCGCCGAAAGUUCAUCCCUAACCAGAAAUCGCUCAACCUCCAGCAAUCGCUCAACCACACCCUCUAAUAGCCGGCCCUCAUCGGCGGUUGGCCUCGGCGAAAAGGAAACCGAGAGAGGGCGGAGUCAGUUGACGACAUCCACCUCCAAUGGCGGCACACCGUGCUUCGACUCGAGGGAGAGCGGCAGCGGCUGCUGCAACGGCGCUUCGUCCACCAUGCGGGUCACUCAGGACUACUCGGCACUCAAAGAGAAUGAGAUAUGUGUCAGUCAGGGCGAGACGGUGCAGAUCUUGGCGAACAAUCAGCAGAACAUGUACCUCGUUUACCGGCCAGCCGACAGUCAGUCACCCGCUGCUGAGGGCUGGGUGCCGGGGCACGUCCUGGGCCCGUCCCACAAGCCCUUAAAAGACUCUUCCUCGGCCACAUCCUUCUCUGCAGCAGUGGCCAACACCACCAACAUCAAGAAGUCUCUGUCGUGGAACACGCUGCGCGCCAGGAAGCGUGCCGAAGCCAAGGAGGUAUCGGCAUUGGGGGUCAGAGGUCAGGUGAAUGGCCUCCUGCGUAAGACAAAAGAAACCACGCCCUCUCCCCCGCUGCUCGCCUCCCCUGUUACCAGGGUGAAGGGCAAAGAGAUUCACACUUCGGAUGAAUCUGACUGUGACGACGACCUCGACCCAAAGACUGGCAUGGAGCUUCUCAACCCUAACUUCAUCCAGGAAGUGGCUCCAGAGUUCCUGUUGCCGCUUUCGGAUGUGGUGUGUGCGUUCGGGGAGACGGUAGUCCUCUGCUGCAAAGUGUGUGGACGACCCAAACCGGCUGUCACACUGAAGGGCCCUGACCAGAACCUAGUGACCUGCAACAGGCGUUUCACCAUAGACAUCAGGGACACUGGCGACAUCUUGUUAAAGAUCUGUAACUUGAUGCCGCAGGACACUGGAAUCUACACUUGUGUCGCUAUCAACGACCACGGGUCGGCCUCCUCAUCCGCCUCCAUUAAAGUGCAAGGUAUCCCAGCAGCCCCUGGGAGACCCGUGGCUCAGGAGGCCAGCAGUACAGCAGUGAUGCUUCACUGGCCACCUCCGGCUUCUUCUGUUCACUGUGCAGUCAGUAGCUAUGCGGUGGAGUAUCGCCAGGAAGACUCGCUGCUAUGGCAUGAAGUGUCCAGCAGCAUGGAAGAGUGUGUUCAGAUCGACACCCUCAUCCCCGGCGGUCACUACCAGUUCAGAGUGCGAGCUUCCAACCGCUGGGGGCUUGGUCCGCCAUCUGAGCCCUCCAAUAUGGUUUCAUUGUCCAGCAGUUACUCUGCUUAUGACGGAACAGGAAUCCAGUGGAAAGAAAACUUUGAGUCGACAUUCUCUGAGAUUUAUGAAAUUGGAAGGGGACGUUUCUCAGUGGUGCGGAAAUGUCUCAACAAGUCCACAAAGAAAGAGGUGGCGGUGAAGUUUGUGAACAAAAAAAUGCAAAAGAAGGAGCGGGUGGCUCAUGAGGCUGACAUUCUUCAACAUGUGCACAACCACCAGCUGGUGUCACUGUUGGACACCUAUGAAUCUCCCACAUCACUGAUGCUGAUCCUGGAACUGUUGGAGGACGGUCGUCUUCUUGAGUACCUAGUCGCCCACGAUGAGUUGAUGGAGGAAAAGGUAGCCUUCUUUAUCCGAGAAAUACUGGAAGCUCUGCAGCACCUUCACACCUGCCGAGUUGCGCACCUGGACCUGAAGCCUGAGAACAUAAUGGUGGAUCUUCACUCUCCUACACCAUGCAUCAAGCUCAUUGACCUUGGAGAUGCUGUCCAGCUGUCAGCACAACGUCACUACAUCCAUUUGUUGCUGGGAAACCCGGAGUUCGCUGCACCCGAGCUCAUCUGCGGCACCCCGGUAUCUGUUGCCACUGACGUGUGGAGUGUCGGCGUCAUGGCUUACGUCAUGCUAAGUGGUGUGUCACCGUUUCUCGACGAAUCUCCCGAAGAAACUUGUGUCAACAUCUGCCGUCUUGACUUUUGCUUCCCGAACGAUUACUUCAGGGAUGUGAGUCAAGCAGCAAGGAAUUUCGUGUCCUCUGCGCUCCAACAGGAUUUGAGGAAGAGGCCGACCGCAAACUCCUGUUUGCAACACCCAUGGGUGGCCCGUGGAGGCGUUCACGGUGGGGAGUACUCCAAGAUACCUCUGGACACAACGCGAUUGGGCACGUUUAUUGAUCGAAGGAGACAACUUCAUGAUGUGCGUCCCAUCACAAACAUCAAGGGACUGGUUAGCAACAGUAUGGGAAACUCACUGUGAUGAAGAUGAGUGUUGGAACACUUGGUAGCAAUCUGAUAAAAGAUUGGAUUUAACUUGAAAUUUAUUUAUUAAUAUAUGGGGUACCUAAAUCAUGGAAGUGUCAACUAUUACCGGCCUUUCAAACAUCUCAGUACUUGAUAAUAUUGUCACUUAACUUUUCUUCUGUUUGGUUGUUGCAUUGUUUUAACAUUGAAGAUCUGCCAGGAGCCCAAAGAAUGCCUCAAUGUGUUUUUUUAAGAUGUUUGUUUCAAAGACACUGUGAAUGCUUUUGGAUCGAAGUUGUGUUUGGUCCUUGACCCUACUGAAUGAAUUAAAUUCAAGAUGCUUUGUUGCUUACCAACACUCUGGAAAAAAAAAGAUCAGCACGAACGUUGCACCAGUAUUUUUUUAGCUAGAGAAAUUGUGCCCAUCUGGUAAGUGUUGCCAUUCUCGGACAAAAGGAGAUGAUCUCCAACCCAGGUCUUUAAACCCGACUACAGUUGUUUACCUGAGGACAGCACGUUGGUCAGGGACACUCGGAUAUUACCUGGACAAGAAUGGAGACGUUUUCUAGACAGAGAAAUCAUCCACACUUGAGGACGACAGGGAGGAGGAGGAGAGCUUGUGUCCUUGAAGUGAUUUCACCUUUGGGCAAUUUGUUUGUGCCUAGGUUCAGUCAGCUGGAACUUUAAUGAACACCUUGGGUAAACCCCUGCCCAGUGCAAUUGUCCUUAUCUGAGUGAGUGGACAACUGGGAAGAGGCAAUCUUCAUCUCUGGUUUUCACAUAAAGACACCUAGCUGUUGCUCAGGAACACUCAGAAUAAUGUUUGAAUCAGUCUUCUGUCUUUAGUGGGAUAUUCCACACCUGAAAUGAGCACUCUUGUUCAAAAACAAAAGGUAAUAUAUAUUUUUUUUCUCUUGUCCUAACCUAACUAGCUGUUUCAUGUGAAGGUAAUAGGCUGUUGCUCAGGAACAUUUGAGUGGAAAUGUGAUCAGUAUUGAAGUCUCUCUCAAGUCUUCAGACUGCGCAAAGGGUCUCUUUGUGAGGAGAAUUUUGUCCCUCAAGGCGAAAAUGGUGCGCUGAUGUUGAUUGUGCCUCCUCAAAUCCACCUGCAUACAAUUAAACUAAAGACAAUGUACUGUUGCUCAAGGUCACUUGGACAGUAGUUGGAUCUCUGCCCUGAUAGCCAUAGUGGUCUGCUGACUCGCAGGUCAAACAAAGUGAGAGUGUUGUCACUUGUGAAAACGUUAUGCCAAAUUUCUAUUAUUUUACAUCACCCUUUACUUCCAUCAUGUAAUUGCUACCCAUGGUCUUCUUUCGUAUUUUGAACGAUCUUCAGGCAAGUGAAAGCUAGCGAAGAAACAGUGAUUCCCCAGAGUGGAACCUGAUCUGUCAAUGACAGCCAAGUCUUCAUAAAUAAAUUACAGUGCUAAUUGUGUUCAUUUUUUUUUAGCUUUAGCAAUGACAACAUUAGCUUUGGGUGGUAACCUUUAAAAAGAUAUAUGAUGCGUUGAGCUACUCUGAAAGUGGAAAACACAAAAGCAAAUUACUAAACACAUCGGCUGGUAAAAAAAAAAAAAAAUAAAAACCCCACCACCAAACAAGUAAUCACAAUGAAAAAUAUCUAAUGGAAUUAUAUAUAUAAUGUAUGCUGAUGUUUUGUUUUUUAUUUUACUUUAUUUAUUUAUUUUUGCUGUAUUGGUCCAUGUCGUCGAGCCGGGGAUGGCACAUUAGUACGUAAUUCAGUUGCAGCCACACUAAAUGAGUUGGAUAAUACAUCGUUUUUGCAGCGGCAUAUGAAGGAUUGUAUGCAGUUUGUCCAGUCGAAUUCUCUCCUGUAAGUCCCUGUGAAAAUCUGACACUCUUGAAUUAAAUUGAACCAAACCCUUUACUGACGCUACAAAGAAUGCAUUCUCAAUAAUGUUUCUCAGAUGGAAAGUUCAGUGGAUGUUUGCCCAAAAUAUGAACAACUUGGUGAACAUUUGUUCAUUGAAGUCAUUCAGGUGCAACAUUACUUAACCCUAACUCUAAUCCACAAUGGCAAGUCAAAAAACACAACACCAGAUAACUCACUGUAACAACCAAUGCCUAAACACUGCAGCAAAUGAAAAAUUUAAAUGAAAUGUAACUACCAGAAGAGGUAGACACUUGGCAGGGACAUAAGACUCAUCACUGAAAGGAAGAGAGGGAGAACUUGAUUGGACACAUUGACCAUGAAUUUAUUCCACACCUGUGGUAGUUUUAGAAAUAAGCAUUACGGGUGAUUCAAAUGUACUGUAUUAGCUGCAUGCAUCCAUCCAUCCAUGAUUUGAGACGCUUUUCCUCACAAUGGUAGCGGGAGUGCUGGAGCCUAUCCCACCUAUCUUCGGGCAUGAGGCAGGGUACACCCUGAAACGGUUACCGGCCAAUCACAGGCACAUAGAAACAACCAUACACACUCAUAUUCACACCUACGUGCAAUUUUGCAUCUUCAAUUAAUGCAUGUUUUUGGGAUGUGGGAGGAAACUGGAUUGCCCGGAGAAAACCCAUGCAGGCACGGGGGUAACGUAAACUCCGCACGGACAGGGCCGGGAUUUGAAACCCAGUCCUCAGAACAAUGAGGCAGACACUCUAACCAGUGAUCAACCAUGCUGCCGUAUUUGCUAUAAUGAAAAUGUAUUUUUACUCGGGAAAAACAGUAUGUAACCUAUCUUAUAUUGUGACUCUGUAUUGUGUUCUGGGUUACAUAACAACAGCAAAACUUUCUGCAUGGUUGACCAGCUCCUGUUACACAUAGAUACAUGAGUGGAAUGGAAGGAUUUUCUCAGGACAUUCAAAUAAGUAUCUGCCCAUGUGACAAUGCCUUUAAAGAGGUUGGGCUGCAAAGACAAUUUUUUUCCAAUGAAGUCGUCCCGUUCAUCCAAUCUGCGAUGAGUCAUCUCAUCCUCACCAAUGCUGUCUACUUUCCGGUGGCUUUUAAUAUCAUUAUGUUUAGUUUUUUCAAUUGCUGGGAUAUUUCACUUUCAGUUGUGUUUUGUUAUUUUUGUUUGUGACAAGUCUUUUGCUGUUGUUUUUGGUCAUUUGUUGUUGUGAUGAGUUAUCAUGUAACAUACAGAACGACUUAGAUCUUGAAAAAUCAAUGUUAACUGAUGGAAUUUUGAGCAUCAACAAAACAUUUGAAUGAGAAUGAAUUCCGGAUGGCGAUGGUCGAAUGCUCUUUGAAGCUCACUAACAAUUUCUACAGAAAAAAACUACUAAAACUUUGCAUUAGUAGCAUAACUUUUACGCUUGAACAGGAAAAAUAGUUUUGGGAAUUUUUUGGGAAAAUAAAAUAUUAUAUUAUUUGCUGUGUUGUAAUUAGUUAAUUGCUUUUGUGUAUUGCAGUUGUGUUUUGUGAUCUGCUGUUAUCAGUUUUUGAGAUUACUUAUUUGUGAUUUUGCAUUUGCUAUUUGUUUACUUAUUUUUCAUUAUGUUUACUUAUUGGCUGUUGUGUUUUGCACUUCAGGGUCGUCAUGCAUCCCUUAGUUUAAUAUUUUCAUUCUGAGCAUUUUCUCUAUGUCCAAACUUACCACUCUCACAGAUUUAUUCGUUUGAUUGUUAUGUGUACAUAAUACAUGCCACAUUGCUCACAUUUUAUUUAAGGUCACUGCUCUGGCCAAAAGUGAAUGAAGGACUUUUUGGGGUGGCAAAAUUCAAAUAAGUUGACCACAUUUACAACUAGACAAGAGUAAUUUGACAUGGUUGGGGUUUCAUCCAUUUGUGGAUGAAAAUCCCAAUGCAUGUGAAAAUUUAUAUGCAGUGUUCAUCUAACCAUGCAUAAAGAAUGUUAUAAUAAGGGUAAGUCUGUUAUUAAAUCCAAUUGUAAUGACAAUAUGUGAAUGGGAUUUUGGAGUGCUGAUAUUAUUUCCUCCAUGUAUGUAUAAAGUUUUGAUGCAUUAGAUCAAUAAUUGUUAUUCAACACAUCUGUUGUGGCCAUAUUUAAGGUUUGGAUUCUAUGGUCUUGAUGGACUAAAUGCACUAUGAGCAUUGAAUGUUGCUAUUGUCUACGGUUUUCUGAAUAUUUAUUUACAUUGAUGUUGGGGUUGGUGUCAAGUUUUCAAGCAUGAGUUUGACCCAUCCAAUCUGGGCUCACAUGACAUGACAAAAACUAGUUCACAGAGACAGGCAGAACUGAACUUCACUUUGAACUUUGGGAUUCAGGCAGAGGUCGAGAGAUUCCCUGAUCCAGAUAUCAAGCUGAGUCCUGGAAGUAAUGUGAACACGAGAAAGCCACUAUGGAUACUUUAGUUUUUAGGUUCAAUGUUUACAACUACUCAAAUGUGUGGUGUUUUACAGUAUGUAGUUUACCGAAUUGUAGAAUCAGGGCCACUGCAUGUCAAAUCACAGAUAAUUUUUGAAAAACCUGAAUGUAUAACAUCUCAAUGGUGUGAAAAUAUGUUCCCACAGUAACUUUGUGCUUUUAAUCUACCAGUGUCCAAAGGCUUAUAUGUAUUUACCAUCUGAAUGUAAUUCUGUUGGUAAUUUAGUAGUUCUCAUAGCUUACCCAAGGCUCUGUUCUGUGACAAUGGACCAUUUAGAAUGGUCCUUUGAUUGACUUGCAAACCAUUCAGGGUUAUUCACUUUUCGUGCCAUGUCAGGAACAUAGAACCCAUUAUACUAAUGAUAAUUUCCUUACGACUUUUUCCGUUUGUGGUCGCCUUUUCCAUGUGCACCUAUCUCUUGUAUCCUAACCCCAACUGCCCUAAUGUCUUUCCUCACAACAUCCAUCAACCUUUCUCUUUGGUCUUCCUCUCGCUCUUUUCCCUGGCAGCUCCAUCCUCAGCACCCUUCUACCAAUGUCCUCAGUCUCUCGUCUCUGACCAUGUCCAAACCAUCUAAGUCUGCUCUCUUGAACCUUGUCUCCAAAACCUCCAACUUUGGCUAUCCCUCUAAUGAGCUCAAUUCUAAUCCUAUCCAACCUCCUCACUCCAAGUGAGAACCUCAACAUCUUUAUUUCUGCCACCUCCAGCUCUGAUUCCAUUUGUCUCUUCUGUGCCACUUUCUCUAGUAUGUACAUCCUGGCUGGCCACUGAUAAACUUUGCCCUUCAUCCCAACAGAGACUCUUAUCCACCAAUUCCAACGUGCUUGGACUCAUUUCUUCACUUCCUUACCACAUUCACCAUUGCUCUGGACUAUUAACACGAGUAUUUAAACUCCUCCACUAUCGCUAUCUAUUCUCCAUGUUGCAUCACUCUUCCCCUCCAUUCCUCUCAUUUGUGCACAUCCAUUGUUUUACUUCGGCUAAUUGGUUUAUUGCUCUGCUUUCAAAUACACGCUUCCAUCUUUCUACCUGCUCCUCCAUGCUUUUACUGCAGAUCACACUGUCACCUGCAGAAAUCAUGGUCCACGGGGAUUCCAGUCUAACCUCAUCUCUCGUCCUAUCCAUUAUCACUGCUAAGAGGAAGGGGCUCAGGGCUGAUCCCUGAUGCAGUCCCACUUCCACCUUGAAACUCAAACUCUUCUGUCACAUCGAUAGCACACCUCACCACUGUUCUGCUGUCCCCAUACAUGUCUACAUAUUUAUCUGCCACUCUGGACCUCAGCAUGCAGUACCUCUGUUCUUCUGUAGGUACUCUGUAAUAGGCUUUCUCUAUAUCUACAAAGAAGUAAUGUAGCUCCUUGUAACUUUUGCUGUACUUCUCUAUUAACACCCUCAGGAAAGUAUUUCAUCUGUGGUACUUUUCCUAGGCAUUAAACCAUACUAUUUAUUGCAAGUGCUCAUGUCUGUCCUGAGUGUUGACUACACUACUCAUUCCAAUAACUUUAUUGUGUGAUUAAUCAACUUUACUCCUCUGUAGUUUCCACUGCUCUGCACAUCACUCUUGUUCUUAAAAAUGGACCCUCCCAUACGUUUCCUCCAUUCCCGAGGGAUUUUUUUCACCCACUAAAAUUCUGUUGAAAAAAACGUUCAAAAACUGCACAUCCACAUCUCCUAGAUGCUCCUCUCAUCGGGACCAACUGCUUUUCAAUUUUACAUCCUCUUCAGGGCCUUUCAAACUUACGAAUCAUUGCAACGUCCUAGUCCACCACACUUUCCUCUUCUACUCUUCAUUCUCUCUCAUUUCCUUCAUUCAUAAACUCCUCAAUAUAUUCAUUCCGUCUAUCCAGCACACUGCUGGGACUAGUCAAUACAUUUCCAUCUUUAUCCUUGAUCAUCCUAAACUGGUGCGGAUCCACAACUCUCUAUCCCUCUUGUCUGGACAAUCUGUAUAGAACUUUCCCCCAUUCUUUUGUGUCUAACCUGACACAUACCGCAUGUCAUCCCAGGCCUCUUUUUUUGGCCUUUUCCAUCUCUGCCUUCGCUCUCUGUCACAUAUCCAUGUAUUCUUGUCUCCUAUCCUCAGUCCUCCGUGUGACACUUCUUCUUAGCUAGCCUCUUUCCUUGUAUAAUUUCCUGUACUUUGAGGUUCCACCAUUAAGUCUCCUUUUUCCUUUUCCUACUAGAAGAUACAGCAACUAUUCUCCUGCCUGUCCCUCUGAACAAUUUGGCUGUAAUGGCCCAAUCUUCUGAAAGCUCCUCCUCUCCACCGAGAACCUGGGUCACCUCUUUUUGAAAAGCCACACCAGACUCUUUAUUUUUCAUCUUACAGCACUUGUUUCUCUGCUUUGCCUUUAUCUUCUUAAUUUUCCUACCCACCACCAGAGUCAUCCUACAUACCACCAUCCUAUGCUGUCCAACCAUAUUCUCCCCUACCACACUACCUUACACUCAGUAACCUCUUUCAGAUGACAUCAUUGAACAAAAGUUAUUCCACCUGCAUUGUUCUACCUCUGAUCUUUUAGGUGACCCUAUGUUCCUGAAUCUUCUGGAAGAAAGUUUUCACUACAGCCACUUCCAUCCUUUUUGCCACUACCACUAUCUGUCCCUCGAAGUUCCUUUCCUGAUUGGUGAACUUACUCGUCAGUUCUUCAUCAACCUUGUUUAUUUCACUAAUGUGUCUAUUACAAUCUGCACCACUUUUGACUCUCUGUCUUGGAUGCUCACAACUACUUUGUCACUUCCUUAUUUUCUCUUUCACCUCCUGGUUACAUCCUGUAACACAUAUCCAUUAUUUACAUUGUACAGUACAUAACACCCUCAGUUUCAAGUUUCAGCCUCAUCACUUGAUGUGACACUCAUUUUCAUUUCGAAUAGAUUUUUAGCUAGCUCUUCUUUUUAAAUAACUUAUAUUCCAUUCCUCUUCCCAUCUAUAUACUCUAAUAGUAAAAUAAAUGUAACUCUGGCCCUAAGCUUCUCGCCUUACUCUUUCCACCUUUUCUGAAACGGAAUCAUGUAUGUCAAUCUUUGUCUUCAUCAUCAUGCAAUCAGACUUUCAAGCUUUUCCUCUCAACAUUCAAAGUGCCCACAUUCAGUUCUAGACUUUGUGUUUUUCUUAACUCUUUCUGCUGAAGAACACGCUCUCCACCUCUCCUUAACCUUUCAUCCGCAGUAUCUGAUUUUUCAAUGAAGGUCUGUAGGUUAACAGUGCUGGUGGCAAACGUUAACCUGGUCCCCGACCGAUCUGGAUUGGAGUUCUUUGAGUAACACUCAAAUUUGUUAGGUUAGUUUUACACGAGACAUCUCCUCUGAGGUAACCCUUGGGACCAGACAACAAUUUGCACUGGCUUGUGUCCUUCAUAGGAACAUAACAGAUUAUAUAGAUGUAUACAAAUUUUAUACACAAUCGUAAGCAUUUACUUCAUAGCAGGGGGCGCCUUUGUUGGCCUUAAAACAAUUGUGUUUUGCAUCAAAUUUCUGAAUUUGAAUUGCAACAAAGUCUAAACCCAAACCUCCCUUCUCAUCAAAAACCUGCUGACCUGAGCAGUGAAUUCUGAUGAUGUUCACACAUAUAAUCCACGCUAUUGUUCGUCAUGUUGCCCAAUGAAGCGACCCAUG